UGUGAACAGGAACUAGGCCACUCAGAACCGAUAACAGGACUCCUAAUAGCUACAGCAAAACAACUUGUUUCGAUCACGAUGUUUAUCUGGUUUUGUGUUUUGGUUGGUGCUUUGACCGGUCGCUUUGUAACCGAACAAUCUCCGAUUGUCGGUGGCCCACAAAAAGUCCCGGUGAACGACAACAAUGUUUUGGAUGCAGCACAGUUUGCUGUGGUUGAAUUCAACAAAGCCAACACAGAAGACAUGUUUGAUUACAAAAUUGUGAACGUAACAUCGGCCGAACUUCAGGUUGUCGCAGGAUUGAACUACUUCCUGAAAAUGCACCUAGGACGUACAACAUGGAAGAAAGACAACACUGCUGCUAAUGAACCACUUGAUUUCCACUCUCAACCCAAGAAACUUGAGUGCAACUUCACUGUUUAUGAAAUCCCUUGGAAAUAUUCACGUGUACUUUUUCAAGAAGAGUGUAAAGCCUUUGUCAACCUCUGAUUCUGACUGAUGUUGCAAAUUAAAGACUUAUUGAAUUGUUU